AGUACUACAUUUUCUUUUCAACAUAUACAUUAUACGUGAAUUAAAAGAAUAAUCGUAUAUAUAACCUCUCUAUAUUUCUGCUAUUUCAUUUGCAUUUAUUUGGAAACAAAAUAAAAAAGGUAACGAAGUAAUUUCGCAAUUGUUUCAGAAGUAGCAGACAGUUGUUUCUAGUUAGCUAACCAAUCUGUUUGUUUGUCUUUGAAGAAGCUGAAUCGUGGUAGCAAGAAAAUUCUAUAUCAAGAUUAUUGAGUUUGCCAUGAAAGAAUAUUUGAAUAUUUGAAUAUAUUUAUGUUCUGUUUAAAGAAAAAAAAGAGCGAUAAAACAUGUUACAAGCGGAGUCAAUUAGCACGUUAAGUGACCGCGAAGAUGAUAUUGACGAUUUGGAUGGUUCUAUGAUAUGGUCCCAAGAGGAGCCACUUUCUUCCAACGAAAUAUUGGAAUUGCCGGUGCAAGAUGAAAAAGCAAAGAGUUCACUUGCUUUCUGUCGAUUGUGUGCCGGUCAAACCGCCAAUCCAAUAUAUAUCUAUUCUGAAUUCGGAGAGUCAAUGCAAUUGGCACAUAAAAUAAAUACAUGUCUAAGCAUUAAGAUUAAGAAGACGGACCCAUUACCGAAGCAGCUUUGCUUGGCCUGCGUUGAGAAAGUGAACUGGUGCGACAAAUUUGACAUGCAAUGCAUUAAAGCGGAGGAAAUCCUGUCGACGAUGCUAAAGGAGAAGCAGUCUUUUAACAUUUCCAAUCAAUUAUUUUCCGAUCAACAGUCCUGUCCCUUAUGUGUAAAGGGCUUCAUGAACAUGUGCGAGGAGACAAUCCAGAAUACGAAGGACAUGGAACUGUACGAGAAUGAUAUAAUCCUAGAGAGCAGCGACGAGGAGAACAUGUUUAAUGACGCGAAGGUCAAUAAGGAAAGCGGGAGUCAUUCCAUCACAUUGCAGUGCCUGGGAACUAGGCAGAGAUAUUUAAAAUGCGGAGCGUGCAUGAAUCUUUACCACACCGAGGAGACCCUGGACGGUCACAAGUGCAAGCCCAGUAUACAGAACACGACAAAACCGUACUGUUGUCUCGUGUGCGACAAGACGUUUACGUUCGAGGAACGACUGAACUUCCACAUGCGAUUUCACAGGGGCGCGAAGGCGUUGUACUGCGAGGUCUGCAAGAUAACGUUCGGCAAGGAGCUGAAGCUAUUCUACCACUACAAGAGGCAACACUCUAAUCACGAGAUUAGCGUCUCGUGUCUGCAGUGCGGAAAGCUGUUCGAGUGUCAGGAGGCGCUCCGGGUGCACGUUUGCGUCGACGGUAAAAUACGGCCGCACAUUUGCGAGGUGUGCAACAAGGGCUUCUUCGACGGCUACACGCUGAAGCGUCACGUGGUGACGCACCUGCCCGAGAAGCCGUACAAGUGCACGGAGUGCUCGAAGAGCUUCACGCAGAAAUCGCGAUUGAACAAGCACGUCGCGAGCCACUGCAUCGUCAUCGAGAACAGCCAGACGGUCUGGAAGUGCGUCCAGUGCGGCGAGGCGUUCGCCUCCUGCGACGACGCGGAUAUUCAUUGCAAGAUAACACACGAGGACAGGGCCGCGCUGAUCGAGGAGCUGCCGACGUCGAAGCUGUACCACUGCGAGUUCUGCAACAGCCACUUCACCAACGCGGACAACCUGAGGGCCCAUCAAAAGCGUCACGUUGUCGAGAGACCGUACACGUGCAACACGUGCGUGGCCACUUGCAAAUCGUUCGCGGAGGCUGUCUUGCACUGGAAGGAACAUCCCAGACUGUUCAAGGUUCUCGUCGUCUUUCUGUGCGACGUCUGCAACAGGGACAUGAAGGAACUGUCCCUGUUGUACAAGCACAGGCAAAACAGGCACGACCGUGCGCCCAGAUUGUCCGAGUCCGGCGACGCGAGGUACGUCUGCGAGCUCUGCGGGAGCGUGUUCGAGAGGAGCGAGGAUAUACGGGGGCACGGACGGGAUCAGUGCUCCAAGUUCCCCUGCGACAUCUGCGGCAGCCUGCUGCCCACGGCGAACUCGUUGAACGCACACAAGAGGCGGCACAACGGCCUGCGGCCGUACGUCUGUAACAUUUGCGGCAAGAGUUACACUCAGUCGAGCCACAUGUGGACGCACAAGAGAUUCCACAUGGGCAUCAAGCCGUACGCUUGCGAGUAUUGCGACCAGCGUUUCACGAUCAAGCCGGACCUGGCGGAUCACGUCAGGAAGAAGCACACGAGGGAGAGGCCGUUCAAGUGCGACGUGUGCAACAAGGCUUUCCUGACCGGGUCCGUGUUCUACCAGCACCGACUGAUACACCGCGGCGAUCGCAGGUACAAGUGCCAUUACUGCGAGAAGGCCUUCACCAGAACGGAGGCCUUGAACAACCACAUCAAAAUUCACACCGGCGAAAAGCCGCACUCGUGCGACGUGUGCGGCAGAUGCUUCAGGCAAAAGGGCGAUAUGAGGAAACACAGACGCACCAAGCACGCCUCCGAGCAAGUUAAAUCUUGAGAAUUGUCGCGUGUCAGAGAGAUGUAGAGUUAUUAUUCCGUUAUUUUUGCAUUUUAAUUAUUAUACCGAUAUAAGUAAUUGAUACGUACAUACACGCAUAUUUGUGCGAAAUAGCAUUACCGUAGGCAGACACUGAUUAUUAAGCUAUACUUUUUUUCAAUAAGCAGUAAAGUAUUCCGAAGAAUGUGUUAUUAAAUUAUUAUAAGGAACGUAAAAUAAAUAAGAAUAUAUAAUACGUACAUGAUACA